CUUGUAAUAGUAAAAAAGCAGUAGCAUGUUUUUAUAAAAACCAUUGUUUUAUAAAAACCAAAAACCAUUCUUUUACACUUUCAGCAAACAAUCCAGUCCACCAUCUUUGUUUUUGUGUGAAAAAUAAGUGUUAAAGCAAAGAAACUGCAGUAGAUUUAUGUGUGGCAAAAAAAAAGGCAAAACACAUUUUGAAGAUUCAUCUCAUAUUUCUUGUCUGUUUCACGAUAGAUGAAAUUCAAGGUUUUAUUUUUUCACACUGUGGUGACUUUAUGUGGACGUUAGAGCAAAUACAGUCACACAACCUUGUCAUAUAGGGCUGAAAUGGAUCAUACUCUAAAGUAUGAGCUGCCAGAACAAGGUAGUCAUUAACCAUGGUUAGUAUACAUCUGUAUGCCAUAAUAAUUUAUAAUCCCACUAUCCAGUGUCACAAAAAAGAGGACAAGUUCCUUUUUGAGUUUGGUUCCUCUCUAGGUUUCUUCCUCAGGUCAUUUCAGGGAGAUUUGUUCAGCUUGCUCAUUAGUUAUUUAAAUCUACAUCUGGAUUUCUGUAAAGCUGUGACAUGGUCUUCUGUUAAAAGCGCUAUACAAAUAAAAAUAAAUUGAACUGAAUGAUAACGUUAGCUAACCUAACUCAUGAUUAACUAAAUGUAGCGAUGUGCACGUUUGUGUAAAUUGGUUCAUUUCUGCUGAUUGGCACAAUGCACUUCAGUAACACUGUAAUCAAACGUUAUAACAAGCCAACUUGUUAGCGCUGACUGUUUCCAAGAGGAUUUUAGCUAUUAAAUGUAGUAUACUGACAAUUUGAGUAAACUAAAAAAAUUUAAUCAUCUACAUCAUCAGUGGAUGGAUAAACGCAGCUGAAGUGUCAGUUUUUAUUAAAACCAUCCAAAGCAGACAAACCAAAGGGACAAGGCAAUUUGUGACCUCAGUAUUAAUGUUCUAUUUGAGUGAAGAGCCAUUUUAAGAUGUGGGACAAUUAUGAAAUUCUAGUUAGAAAACCUAUAAAGUAAGAUUACUUCAAAUUUACAUUAUGACAAUUUUGAGACAAUUUUUGAACAGUGGUCAAACACAGAUCAAAUUGUAUUAUUCUGCAAGCGCAAAUUUCUGGAUGUAGAUAAUCUGUUUUAACACCUCUUUUGUAUUAUUCGCAUGGAGCAUAUACUGUAUACAGAACAUCUACAAAUAAAAGUUACUUUCUCCUCCAGUAUGCCAUACAGAAGCCUAGUCCUUUAAGUUCUUUAGGUCCUUUAAGUUGCGAGGUGGGGCCUCCAUGGAUCGGACUUGUUUGUCCAGCACAUCCCACAGAUGCUCGAUCGGAUUGAGAUCUGGGGAAUUUGGAGGUUUGAGGAACCAUUCCUGAACAAUUUUUGCAGUGUGGCAGGGUGCAUUAUCCUGCUGAAAGAGGCCACUGCCAUUAGGGAAUACCGUUGCCAUGAAGGGGUGUACUUGGUCUGCAACAAUGUUUAGGUAGGUGAUAUGUGUCAAAGUAACAUCAACAUGAAUACCAGGACCCAAGGUUUCCCAGAAGAACAUUUCCCAGAGCAUCACACUGCCUCCGCCGGCUUGCCUUCUUCCCAUAGUGCAUCACGGUGCCGUCUCAUUCCAUAUCUUUCAGUUCUGAUGAUCAUGUGCCUAUUCUAGGUGCAUUUGGGAGUGGACAGGGAUCAGCAUGGGCAAUGGGUGACUGGUUUGUGGCUAUGUAGCCCCAUAUGCAGCAAGCUAUGAUGCAUUGUGUGUUCUGACACCUUUCUAUCACAGCCAGCAUUAACUUUUUCUGUGGGAUUGGACCAGACGGGCUAGCCUUUGCUCCCCACGUGCAUCAGUGAGCCUUGGGCGCCCAUGACCCUGUUGCAGAUUUAUCGGUUGUCCUUCCUUGGACCACUUUUGGUAGGUACUAACCACUGCAUACCGGGAACACCCCACGAGCCCUGCCAUUUCCGAGAUGAUCUGACUCAGUCAGAUAUAUAUAUAUAUCUGACUCAGUCAGAUAUAUAUAUAUGUAUAUAUCUGUGUAGCCUUGAAAAUGUACUGAAGUAAGAUGUAAAGUUGAUAGAAACAUUUAUACUCAGAAUAGAAAGUUUUUUGUAGAACUGAAAUAAAAGGUGUAAAAGUCAUUUACUCCUCCCCCUACACUGUGCUACACAAAGAAUGUCAAACCCUGCCUGACUAGCAUGCUUGAGUUCUCCAUUUGGUUGCUAUUCAAAGAAAUGUCAAAGCCUGCCAGUAAACAGCACCUUUCCUCCCUGACUUCCAGCCACAGGUCAGUCAUGAACAGAUAGAGUGUGCCCGUGGCAGGUAUGUUGUAGUUACUAUAGCAUCUAAGCUGUGUAUGCUUCAGUGCAUCAGUGACCUAAGAGCAGAAUAUAAGUGCUCGCAUCAGCUGAGUUACUGGGCUGUACACUGUGUGCUGCUCCCAUGAUUUAUGGUCCCCAAUACAGUCGAUAACGGCCUGCACAAAGACGCAAAGCUCCCUGAGAUUGGAUUACAAGGCUGGGCCUUGCAUUUAGGCUUCUUCAUUAAAGAAAUGUCAGCACCUUUAGAGGAGACGUGUGCUGUUUCAUGUUUUGUUGCUUUGGUAUGAACACUUCUCUGCUUAGAACCUGGUGGAGUAGGUGGAAACUGGAGAAUCCUGCCUCUGUACUGUAUAUAUAACAGAAAAGCCAUUGUACCUCUCCAGAAUUUUACUGAAUAUACAUAUGUUGGAAAACAAAGAUGCACAUUUCAGUACAAUCUAAAGAAGAAUGUUUGCUGUCAAUGUUUGCUGGGUUGUGUUGCGCCCCUUCCUCCAUGUGGAUUAAGCUGAAUGGUGUAAAUGACAGUCUAUAUGCAUAAAAGGAAUAUUCAAGACUGUCUCCCAACCCACAUACUAAUAGUAACACCACUGGUGCAAAGACAUAUUGGUUAUUGGUUUAUUACCUAUUCAAGAGGAUGUAAUUAUCAGCUGUCUUUAUUGUUAUCUCCACAGUAUUACAGAAGUGUUGUGAGAACAAAAACUUCAAUUACAGUCUUAGUUACUGAAUAGAUUUGUGCUGAGUUUACCUAAUCUGAACGCUAACGGUCUAGCUGGCAGGCUGCGAUCCAAUUAGCAAACUGAUGACAUAGCUUCUUUUAAAUAAAUCAAUGCCGAAAACAGAAUGUUUAUAAGGAAUGAACAGAGGAGUACGCUUUUAUUCUUCCCAUGUCAACUUCUCAUCUGUUCAGAGACUAUUAUAAAGAUAGUGAUAAUAUGAAGCACCACUGCAAAACAAACUAAAACCACUUUGAAUUGUCUUAUUUACAACCAUUACCUAAUCAUUAAUGGCUCAGAGAAGAAAAAAACAAAUGCCAACAAAUUCCUUAACAAGAGAAGAUGGCUAGCUAAUUCCGUAUCUAGAUGUACAGUAAGGUAAGAUUGCUAGCUAAUUCACUAGCUAAAAACAGGGCAAGACAGCCAGCUUAUUCACUAGAUAGACACAAGGUGAGAUGACUAGCCAAUUUAUUUGCUAAACACAAAGUAAGAAGGAUAGCUAAUUCACUAGCUAGAUACAAGGUGAGAAGGCUAGUUAAAUAACUGGCUAACUAGCUAAUUACAAAAGAAAUACACUCCUUAUCUCCAGCAAUAAACAAGCAAAAUCUAUCUGGACUCUGUGUUCAUAACUGUAGACUUAAUUGUUCAUAACUGUAGACAUAACUAGACAUAAUUGACUCUUUCUAUUUUGUGUGCCACUUCUCUCUCUAGAGGAGGAUACUGGUGUUUGGGGGUAUCCUUCUUCAACCUACUCUGAUAUUCCCUCUCACUUCUCACCGCUGUGAGAGUUGUGGUGUGAUAGGCUAUCCAUGAUGGUGUAUUAUGUAUACACACAACCCACAACUCCUGUUGAAUCUGACCCAAGAAACUCUGACUGUCUUAGCAGCUCAAGAACACCAUGUCUUAAAGUAUUAUUUUCUCCUCUGAGUCAAACAUUCUUUUCCUUUUUAAGUGUUGAAGCUUGAAUUCAAAAUGGCAGGCCAUUUAUCCCAGUGACCCACACAGUGGAUUAAUAUAGCAACACAAUGACUUGCCCAUUUCACAAUAAAAUGUAAUUGUAACUGGGUUGUAGCUCCCAUGUUAAUCUCUACAACAUAAUGUGUGUUGCUGUAAUAGCUCUCAAAUAGUCUUUUGUCUCGGUGUAGCCUCAUUCCAUGCAGCCCAGAAAGCUGGCAGCAAGCUUCCGUGUUUAGCUGCCACUAGCAUGGCAGAUGCUUGGGGGGUAGUGAUAAGGGCCGCUGUACCGUGGUUAUGGCAGGCAUUAGCUUGAUGAUUUGAUUGGUAGUGGCUGACAUGCCGAGGCAUUUGCUGCUCUCUCCUCACGCAAUAGCUUAACAUGCUGGGCAAUUAGAUUACUGGCAAAUUGCUGACCCUGUCUAUAACAUUUACCGAUAAGCAGGAGCAGCCUGAAAUAGGCUCCAAAAUACAGAGGCUGUGACCCAAAGUGAACUAGUAGGAAUCAUGUUGCUGCUGUGCUAGAUAGCUGUCUCAACUCAGAUUGUGCUGCACUUACUUCCAAAGACUGGCAUUUAUAAAUUAUAUAUUUUCCCCAAUGUUCAGGUGAUGUUUCACCCAAAAUAUAUGUGCUACUGUAAAAUAUUCAGUUUCAUAUAUUUCUAUCUGGUAUUUUGAUUUAUGGAAAGUUAUAGUUGAGUUUGGGCCCUGCUUUUGUAAUUGUAACGCAAAUGCAAUGAUAAUGCCAGAAGAUAUGGUGAGACAUAUUCUUUAUAUUUACCUGCAAGUAAAAAUCGGAUAACUUAAAAUGAGUACAAUAAGUUUGACCAGGGGAUCAAUAUAGUUUGCAAAAUUAUUUACAAAUAAAAAUGCAAAAACAGGGCAUUAGUCAAAGAAGCAACAAAGAGGCAAAGGGUGACUCAACAUGAUGCUACUACCACCAUGCUUCACUCUGAGGAUAAUUUUCUCAGGGUGAUGGCAGUGUUGUUUUUCUGCCAAAUGUAGAACUUUGUGCAUUUUGUGCAAAGUUACAUUUCUCAUCGGACCAGAGAGCCCUUUUCCACAUAUUUGCUGAGUCUCCAACAUUUUUUGCAAACUCCAAAUAGGUUUUCAUAUAACUUGCCACUCUUUCAUAAAGCCCAGCUUUGUGGAGUGUCUAGGCUGUGAUUGUCCUGUGAACAGCUUCUCCCAUCUGUGCUGUGGCUCUCUCCAGCUCCUUAAAAAGUAACUGGCUUUUGGUGGACAGCCUCUUCUAGGCAGAGUUGUGGUUCUAUUGUUUCCAUUUUUUAAAUAAUUUAAUUUAAUGGAUUUAAUGGAUGUCAAAGUUGACAAGGGUGUUUUAUUUUAAAUUUUCACUAGAUGUUCAAAGUUUGGGUAUUUUUUAAAAAAAUAUCCAAACACUGACUGAUACUUUUCCAGAAAUUUACUACAGACUUGUUUUUGAUUGUUACUUUGUCUUAUUGGUCUAUUUAUUUCUCUAACAAACUCUGGAUCCUUCUAGGAACAGGUGUUUUUAUAUGGAGAUCACGUGACACUUUCAUUGCACACAGGUGGACUCCAACUAAUUAUGUGACUUCUGAUGGCAACUAGCUGCACCAGAACUAAUACUGCAUUCGACUACAGAUUUGAGAUAACUCUUCUCCGACCAGGACAAGCCAAAGAAAAUUCCCCUCAAAUUGAAAUUCCUUCUUGAGAAUUCGGAGCAGCUAUAUUUUUUUCACCUCAUUAUGUACCUGUAAUGCAGGGAUACUAAAAAUGAAGUCACUCUGAGCUUCGACUUCCCACUUCUGAGGUGUGGACAUGGCAUACAGGAAAGCACUUGCCAGUCAUGGUAACCCCAUGCACCCUCAGGACCUAGAAUGUGAGGAUCAGCUGGCCUCUCUUGAUCUAGAGUGGGAGAUGGAAAAGGAGUUGGAAGAGCCUGGACUGGACAACUUCGAACUAGAAUGUGCAGACCCAGAGACCUUGGGCAACUCAUCCAGUGGUGAAAUGAAUCAAGACCAAGAGUUCAUCCAGCCCUCUAUGUCCCCCCAUGGACGGUUCGAGAGACUACAAGAGGACCCCAACUAUGUCUUUCAAUACAGUGGAACUGUUCCCAAGGUGCACAAGAUGAGUGUUACCUGCAUUGUCAAAUACGUGCUGUUUGGAGCAGGAGCCUUCUGUCUGGGACUGCUCAUUGGUCUACAUGCUAAGCGAACUGAGGAGCAGCCGGCCACGCCUACCACAAGCACAGAUAUGCUGGAAAAGGUUAUACAAAACAUCACUGCAGAGAAGAUCCAGGCAGUAAAAAGGGAAUUUGAUUCCUUAUCCAGACUCAGUGAGAAAGCCCGGGUGAAGUAUCUCGCCCAACGCUGGGAGGAGUUUGGACUGAAGAACGUCCAGAUAAUCAAUUACACCGUCCUCAUCAGCUCUCCUGGAUCCUUACCGAAUACCAUCACUGAUAUGGCAAAUAAGCAGUGUUUCCUGCCCAGUGGAGCAAGCUGUGACACAAAGACCACCAUAUCCAUUAAUGAGUCCUUUGCCUUUGCAGCCUACUCAUCUGUGGGAAGUCUAGAGGCAGAAUUGGUGGAUGUACAGUAUGGAAGUUCUGAAGAUUUGAGACUAUUCCAAACUGAGAUAAACGUGACCAAUAAAAUAGCACUGCUUAAAAUUGGACCAGUACCUUUACUCAAUACGCUUUCUCUCCUGGCUGAGAUGGGCUUCGGCGCUUGUCUCAUCUAUGUGGAUCCCUGUGAUGUCCCUGGGGAUCAGCUCUUACUGCAAAAGGCAUUUGGGGUGACGUUAAACCCAGGAGGUGACCCAUCAACCCCAGACUACCCUAGCACAGAUGGCAGUUUCAGGGAAGAUCGUCGCAAUCUGACGUCCCUGCUGGUGCAGCCAAUAUCAGCCAAGCUAGCCAAAGAGCUGCUCUCUGCAUCUAGUGUUAGCCACAGCCAACCCUGCGUUCCUAUCAAAAUGGUAUCAGGCUCAGGUCAAAGGAUAAAGCUAAGCAUCGGAUCCCAAACCUCAUACAGAACAGUCUAUAAUGUCAUUGGCUACCUGAGAGGAAAGAUUAAUCCAGAUAGAUACGUCCUCGUUGGCGCUCGUCACAGUAGCUGGUACGAGGGCACCCUGGAAGACUGGAGUGGUGGUGCUGCAGUCGUCUCUCAGAUCAUUGCCUCCAUAUCAGCUCAGACUCGUGCACUCUGGCAGCCGGACCGUACUAUUGUCUUCUGCUCAUUGGGAGGCUCUGCCCUCGGCAACAUCGGCUCCUUUGAGUGGGGAGAGGCGAACAAGGUGGUUUUGGAGAACAGGGUAGUGGCCUAUGUCAGCCUCCAUAGUCCAGUUAGAGCAUAUGGACCACAGUCUACAGCAUCACCAUCUCUCCUGCAACUGGCUACUGACAUCCAUAAGAAACAUGUAAAAAGUUGCCUUCAUCCUGGAGGCUGCCCUGGCCUGAACAUCAGCUCUCUGCAGUCUCCUGUGGUCAUGGACUUCUUCACCAGUCAGCUUGCUGCCCCACUGGUGGAGUUUGCAUCAUCUGCCAAUUCAACUGAGAGUGCUCGUUUCCUCUCCGAGGCCUUUUUCCCCUUCGAGUCAUCGUUAGCAGAGACCUUGGACCCCGAAUUCAGACUUCACGAGACAGUUGCAAAGAUGACAGCAGAGGCCCUCCUGCGACUUGCUAAUGAUCCUGUGCUUCCCUUCUCACCCUUGGACAUAGCAUUGGACGUUCAAAAUAAACUCAAAGCUGACCCCUUAAUCAGGCCUGAUCUUCUGGCUGCUGCUGCAUCCUUGCGAGACAAUUCUGGCUUCUUCCAGUCAGAGAUUAUGCGCCCAGCCAACGACCCGAAGGAGCGCGACCCUUCCCAUGUGCGCAUGCUGAACGACGUACUGCGAGACCUGGAGAAAAGCUUCCUCAUUUCAGACCCACCUCAGGGCUUUUCACGGAACAUUCUCUAUGGACUGAAUAGAAAAACGCAAGGCUUUGCCAUCUUGAAGGCCUCUGUGGAAAACUCCAAACACAGCAGCGUGAAUCGGUCUUUGUCCCAGGUGUUCAACUCCAUCUGCUCGGCUGAAAAGCUUAUCCAAAGUGGUCUCGAGCUCUUUGAGAAUGACCCUAAUAGCUCACAUUGAAACAAUCGCAGCAUAAUGCUGCUAUUGAAGCUCCGAACGAAACUUCUUCAGGCAUGAAAGCAGCACAACUGGAGUACGAGGAGCACACUCAGUUAUUGUGUGGUACAUGUGACUGAAAUCUGUACUUCCAAAGGAAUCGGAUAUUUGAAGCUACUUGUGAUCUGGAGAUCUUAUAUGUCCUUUAUAUCGGUUUCUCACCCGUAUGAUGGCAGAUGAACAAAAAUUCUAGUGAAAACUGGUGAACCUGUAGAGAAGGUAAAGCUGUCCCGUAGGCCUGAAGGACAAAAUAAGGCACUCCAAGAUGGUGCAGACUAAAAUUAUUUUUUCUGUCUCUUUACCUUUCAGUUCCAGGCAAGUAAUUCUAUAAGAUACCAUAAUUUUGUCCUCAGGGUGACUAAGCAUUUUUCAACUCAGGACAGGUAGAAGGAGAAUUCUUAUUUGAAUGAAUUUAUGUUAAUUAAUAUUUAGAUUUUCUUUAUUAACUGUAUAUAUGUAUGUAUGUAUUCUCUCAUGCACACUCUCUUGCCUUAAUUAAGAUUUGUAAGAAUGCUGUGUAAGAAUGACAGUUUUUAUUGUUUGUCUCUCUGAAAAUUGACUAAGCUGCUAAAAGGGAAAUUCUGGCUGCUGAGCUAUGACUAGCUAGCAAAAUUGGUCCUGUCGAGGCUGUCCUUUGAUACUACAAUGAACAACCAACCUUAAUAUUAGCUAGGAAGGCUAAUUUUUGUUACACAUAACCUUUGGGGCUUUUACUGGUAACACAGUGU